UUAUGUUAUAUUAACCACUCAUUCUUCUCAUAUUUAUUCAAUGUGGGACUUCACUCACACGUGUAACCCAACACAUUCCUUUAUUAAAAAAGCAAUUAUAUAAUAGGAAUUGAAUCAUGUGUUGUUUCUAAGAUAUUUUUGAGCAUUACAAUCACUAUUGCAAAUUCAUUUCUCAAAUCCAUAAGCUUUCACUUUAUACACGUCCAUCUCUUUUAUCCUAUCCUGUCACUCCUUCCUUAAAAUAAAAGAUCCAUAUCAAAUCAUUCCUUUUUUCUCUAAUUUUUUUUCUUUUUACUUUUUCUGUCAAUUUUAAUUGAAAACUACCUCUUUUAUUUAUUUAUUUUUCUUUAUUGUAGUUCAAUACUUGCCGCCAACAUAUCUCCAAUGUCUUCCAUUAUCUCUCAGAUGGCCUCCUCUUCGUCAUCAUUUUCAUCUUCAACACCUCAGUGGAAAUAUGAUGUCUUUCUUAGUUUUAGAGGUGAGGACACCCGCACUAGUUUUACAGGCCAUCUAUAUGUUGCUUUGAAACAAAGGGGCAUAGUUACCUUUAGAGACGAGGAAAAUAUUGAGAUAGGAAAAUCUAUUUCACCGGAGCUCUUGAAAGCAAUAAAAGAAUCGAGAUUUGCAAUUGUCAUUCUCUCAAGAAACUUUGCGUCAUCAACAUGGUGCUUGGAUGAACUUACAAAGAUAAUUGGAUGCUUGAAAGAGACAACCAUGACUGUUUUGCCAAUAUUUUAUGAUGUGGACCCAUCUGAUGUACGAAAACAAACAGGCACCUUUGCCCAAGCCUUUUUUAAACAUGAAGAACGUUUCAAGGACGAUAUAGAGAAAGUCCAAACAUGGAAAGCUGCUUUAGAAGAAGUGGCAAAUCUCAAAGGGUGGCACCUACAAGAUAGGACUGAGGCACAACUUAUCCAAAAUAUUGUGGGGGAGUUAUGGCAAAAAUUGAGUAAUGAAUUCUUAGAAGAUACUGAAGACCUAGUAGGAAUAGAAUCUCAAGUGAAGGAAUUGGAGUCAUGUUUGGCUAUAGGGUCUGAUGAUGUUCGCAUUAUAGGGGUUUGGGGGAUGGGGGGAAUAGGUAAAACAACUCUUGCUAGAGUUGUUUUUCGUAGGGUUUCGAACAAGUUUGAAGGUUGUUGCUUUCUCCAUAAUGUCAGGGAGGUUUGUGAAAAAGAUGGUUUAAUUCCAUUGCAACAACAACUUAUUAGAAAAAUAUUAAAUGAAAGUAUGAGUAUACAAGAUGUUGAUGAGGGAGUUUUCAUGAUCAAGAAUAGAUUACGUCAUAAAAGAAUUCUUACCGUUCUUGAUGAUAUAAAUCAAUUAGACCAGUUGAAAAAGUUGGUUGGGAAGCAUAAUUGGUUUGGUUUUGGUAGUAGAGUUAUCAUAACAACAAGGGACAAGCAUUUACUACGUAUACUUGAAGUAGAUGAAAUAUUUGAAGCUGAAGGAUUGAGUGAUGAAGAAGCUCUUCAUCUUUUGAGUUUAAAAGCUUUUAAAAAAGGCCAUCCUCCCAAAGAUUAUCUAGAGCUAUCCAAAGAUGUUGUACAAUAUACUAAAGGCCUUCCUUUAGCUAUUGAGAUUUUGGGUUCUUUUUUGUUUAGUAGAAGCAUCAAUCAAUGGAAAAGUACAUUAAUUCGGAUUAAAGAGUUUCCCGAACGUGCAAUUCUCCAAGCACUAAGAAUAAGUUAUGAUGGACUACAUGAAACAGAGAAAAAAAUAUUCCUAUAUAUUGCAUUUUUCUUUAAUCAUAAGGAAAAAAUUAGUGUAGUAGAGAAACUAGAUUAUUUUGGCCUUUACCCUGAUGUUGGAUUGGAGGUCCUAGCUGAUAAAUCUCUCAUAAAAAUAAAUUGCCUUGAAGUGUGGAUGCAUGAUUUAUUACAAGACAUGGCCAAGAAAAUAAUUUAUGAAGAGUGCCCUGAAGAGCCUGGAAAGCGUAGCAUUUUGUGGUCAUUUGAAGACAUUAACAGUGUACUAACAAAAAAUACGGGAACAGAAGCAAUUCAAGGCAUAGUCCUAAAGUUGCCUAAAUCAAAAGAGGCAUAUUGGAAUCCUGAAUCUUUUUCAAAGAUGCAUAAUCUUAAACUGCUCAUAAUUAAAAACGUCCAGCUUCUCCAUGAACCCAAACAUCUUCCUAUUGGCUUAAGAUUUCUUGAGUGGAUAGGGUACCCUUCAAAAUCUUUUCCAUUAAAUUUCCAAUCAAAUGAGCUUGUUGAACUUUACAUGUGUGGAAACUACAUUGAACAACUUUGGAAAGGAGCAAAGUCUUUUGAGAAGUUGCAAAUCAUCCAAAUGAAUGGGUCUACAAACCUUAAAGAAACCCCUGAUUUGCUCAUAGUCCCAAAUCUUAAGGAAAUGGUUCUUGAAGAUUGUUUAAAUUUACGUGAGAUUCACCCUUCAACUUUGGUUCAUAAUAGGCUUACUCUUCUCAAUCUACAAGGCUGUGUAAAUGUCAAAACUCUUCCAAGCAAGUUUGAAAUGGAGUCUCUUGAGGUUCUUAUUCUUUCUGGUUGCUUAAAACUAAAAAGGAUUCCAGAAUUUGGAGAAAACAUGCAACGUGUAUUAAAGCUUUAUUUGGGUGGAACUACUGUUACUAAAUUACCCACAUCAAUUGGGCAUUUGACAAGCCUUGUUUUAUUAAAUGUAAGAGAUUGCAAAAGUCUUACAUGUCUACCAAGCAGCAUUUUUAAUUUGAAGUUGCUUAAAGACUUGAAUAUUUCAGGAUGCUCAAAACUUGAGAGACUGCCUGAGAAUGUGGGGAAUGCUGAAAGUGUAGAGGAGCUGGAUGUGAGUGGAACUGCAAUAAGAGAGACUCAAGAAGGCAAGCAACUGCGUUUACAGGGUUGAAAGCUGUAGAAGGUAGCCUGCUUAGAUUGGUAUGCACAAGUCUCUAUUGCACAACAAACAGAUCAAGGUGACUGCAGGAAAGUGCCAAGGCAAGUGUGUCUGGUUGUGGAUGUUGUUGACAAUUCAGGAACACUAGUAGAGAUGGUGUGGAUAGGGUGGCUUUGGCUAUGAAGCCAAAUCAUGCGAUGGUAGGCUGUUGCAGUUCUUCCAUAUGCAACCAAAUGGCAUGCAGCUAGAUGCCUGACUGUGCAAAAGGCAUUAAGUGAGGCUAUACAGCUUGAUUUUUGCAGACUUAUUUCAACAAGAUCUAGAGCGGAGGACCUCUUUUAAUGUUCAAUGGCAAAUUGUUGUGCUGAUCGAAGACCACAAGUGCAUGGAAGUUGGAGAACGCUAGUGGUUAUGUUUGUUAUGCAUAAGAGUCACUGUAGAUCUUGGGGUCUCGGCUACUCUUGCUUUCAAGUCUUAUAGAUAUUUUUGGAAUCUACUAAUAGUUAACCAUUCUGACAUUAUUGUAUCCAAAAACAAAACCAGGAAAAAAAUGUUAAUCUUUAUACCUUUUUCAGACUAA